AUGGCAGAGGAUACAGAAAACUCCUCCCCGCAGGGGCAGUUGGUGAAGCCGAUCAAGACAUGGAAGGGAUACAUCUGGGACACCUUCGAAAUGCCAGAAGACCAAAGAUGGCUUCUUUUCAAGCUUGAUGCAUUUGUUUUAACCUUUGCAUCUAUUGGUUAUUUCCUCAAGAACUUGGAUUUACAAAAUGUCACAAACGCCUACCUUAGUGGCAUGGAGGAGGACUUGAAAAUGUACGGAAAUCAACUGGUGACCAGCACCUCGGUCUUCACGGUUGGAUAUGUCAUUGGCCAGAUUCCGGCCAAUUUGUUGUUGACUCGGGUCUCCCCACGGUGGGUUAUCCCCACUCUCGAGGUGGGCUGGGGUAUUUCUACCAUGUGCAUGUCCAGUGUCAAGAGCUACCAAGCUCUCUAUGGUCUUCGCUUUCUCGUGGGCUUCUUUGAAUCUGGAUUCUACCCCGGAAUUCAUUACCUCCUUGGAUCUUGGUACACCCCGCAAGAGAUAGGCAAAAGAGCCAUGAUCUUCUGGCUCGCUGGAUCUAUCGGGCAGCUGUUUAGUGGUUUCCUGCAAGCGGCAGCCUACACGAACCUCGAUGGUGUGAGCGGUCGCGCAGGUUGGCGAUGGCUCUUCAUCAUCGAUGGCAUCAUUACUCUCCCACUUGCGGGUGGUGUUAAGACUUGGUGGACUACUGAAGAAGAGCAUAGGCUAUCAGUCAAUCGCAUGAAGGCGAUAGGUCGCGCAGGCAAGGAGCCGUGGUCUGUGGCAAAAGCCAAGAGGAUUUUCUCCAGCUGGCAUACAUACGUGCUACCAUUACUUUAUGUCGUUUGGAAUAACGGCUAUCCUCAACCGGGCAUGGGUUAUUGGCUGAAAAGUUUCAAUAAGACUCCCGCUCCUGUGCCAGGGGUUUCUUUCAGCGUUGCUGAUAUCAACAACUUACCAACUCUCACGAAUGGUCUCUUCAUCAUUGUUGCCUUUAUAUGGGGAUGGCUUUCUGAUGGACCUUUUAAGGGAUCACGCUGGCCCUUCAUUUACUUAGGAGCUGUGAUGACCCUUAUUUUUGUCGUUUUGCUGCGACAGAUGCCCUUAUACAGCAACAUACCUGGCCGGAAGGCUGUUUACUGGUUGAGUGCAACAGGAAAUGGCGCCGGUCCUCUCAUCCUAAGUUGGAUCAAUGAGAUAUGCUCCGAUGAUACAGAAAAGCGUGCCUUGCUGGUUGCCAUGGCUAAUGACCUUGCAUAUGUCGUGCAGGCAGUGGCUCCAAACUUUGUCUGGAAGACCACUGAUUUCCCGGCUGCAAAGAAAGGGUAUCUUUGGGCCGCCAUCUUACAAGUCCUGACAAUCUUGGUCACUAUUAUCAUCCAGGUUGGACUUCGAUGGGACAGAAAGAAGGCUGCUCAAGCCACUGAAGUUCUGUCGGUAGAUCCUAUUUCUGAUCCUUCGGAGACAGAAGAGGAAUCGGUCGAGCACGGCAAGACCGCUUCGACAAAUGUCAAACAGCUCAGUAUGAGUGAAGGUUGA